AAAAAACAACAAUAACAAAAGCACACUGAACAACACGAAGAAGAACACACUUGCUUCUUUUGUUAAACUUUAGAGAAGAAGAAGAGAGCGAGGUUGAUUGAGCUUAGAGAUUUGAAUCAGAAGCAGAAUGGCUAGGUAUGACAGAGCGAUCACGGUGUUCUCUCCCGAUGGCCAUCUCUUCCAGGUCGAGUACGCCCUCGAAGCCGUUCGCAAGGGCAACGCCGCCGUCGGAGUCCGCGGCACCGACAACGUCGUUCUCGGUGUUGAGAAGAAAUCCACCGCCAAGCUCCAAGACUCCAGAUCUGUGAGGAAGAUUGUAAAUCUAGAUGAUCACAUUGCCCUUGCUUGUGCGGGACUAAAGGCUGAUGCGCGUGUGCUUAUAAAUAGGGCGCGUGUUGAAUGUCAAAGUCACAGACUUACUGUUGAGGAUCCUGUGACGGUUGAGUAUAUAACUCGUUACAUUGCGGGUCUUCAGCAGAAGUACACUCAAAGUGGUGGUGUGCGGCCCUUUGGCCUUUCAACCUUGAUUGUUGGCUUUGAUCCUUACACUGCUACACCAUCCCUGUACCAAACUGAUCCUUCUGGUACAUUUUCUGCUUGGAAAGCUAAUGCCACCGGAAGAAACUCAAAUUCGAUUAGGGAGUUCCUGGAGAAGAACUAUAAAGAAACUUCAGGUCAAGAAACUGUAAAACUGGCUAUCCGAGCAUUGCUUGAAGUUGUUGAGAGUGGAGGCAAGAACAUUGAAGUUGCUGUCGUGACUAAGGAGCAUGGUCUGCGUCAACUGGAGGAAGCUGAAAUUGAUGCCAUUGUUGCUGAGAUUGAAGCAGAGAAAGCAGCUACUGAGGCCGCCAAAAAAGCCCCUCCUAAGGAGACAUAAAUUUCUGUUUCUUUUGCUCGGUAUUACGAGAGCACUGCUCUAGAUAGUGGCUGUCUACUUAUUGAAUCAAAUUUUGGUUCCACUGUGUCUGAGAAUGAAAAACAGAAAAUAGCUCUGGGGCUGCAAAGAAAAUCCUUUAUGUGAGACAUGAUUUAUGUUACUAUGUUUAGUUUGUUAAGUGUACUCGCAGGCUGUUGGCCUUACUUAAAAUGACUGCUUUAUUGUUUAUGGGUUAUACAGUAUAAUAUUUUUCUAAUAGCAUGUCCUUAUUUGCCGA